AAAGUUUACUCUCUUCCUGUUCUCCACCAUGGCGCAGGAUCAAGGGGAGAAGGAGAACCCUAUGCGGGAACUUCGCAUCCGCAAGCUUUGCCUCAACAUCUGUGUGGGGGAGAGUGGAGACAGACUGACCUGGGCGGCCAAGGUGCUGGAGCAGCUCACAGGCCAGACGCCCGUGUUCUCCAAAGCUAGAUACACGGUUAGAUCCUUUGGCAUCAGGAGAAAUAAAAAGAUUGCUGUCCACUGCACAGUCCGUGGGGCCAAGGCAGAAGAAAUCCUGGAAAAUGGUCUAAAGGUGCGAGAGUAUGAGUUAAGAAAAAAUAACUUCUCUGAUACUGGAAACUUUGGCUUUGGGAUCCAGGAGCACAUUGAUCUGGGGAUCAAAUAUGACCCUAGCAUUGGUAUCUACGGCCUGGACUUCUAUGUGGUGCUGGGUAGGCCAGGUUUCAGCAUCGCAGACAAGAAACGCAGGACAGGCUGCAUUGGGGCCAAACACAGAAUCAGCAAAGAGGAGGCCAUGCGCUGGUUCCAGCAGAAGUAUGAUGGGAUCAUCCUUCCUGGCAAAUAAAUUCCCGUUUCUAUCCAAAAGGCCAAUAAAAACUUUUCAGUGAAAUGUAAAAAAAAAAAAA